CUACAGUACAUGCUCACAAAUAAUACUGAACGUGGAGGGAGACCUUAAGUGCGAGAAGCCCAAAAUGGCUGACUCGAAGAUGGAACAUCAGGGGAAAUGUAGAGCACUGUCUGCCUAAGGGGAACUGGGCUACAAAAUGAUGGUAUAGAGUUUGUAAGGAAGAUUUGUUUUGUUUAGAAUAUCUGUCGUUUUGUUUAAUUAGUUUGUGUUGUAACUGAAAAUGAGCAGUUAAUGACACUUUCUGUAGGUAAUAAUUGAAACAUAAUUGAUGAUUUCCUUCCUGCCACUGAACACUUUCUCAGAAUGAAACCGCAACAGAUUUUUACUAUAAAAUAACGUGUUUACCUGUAGAACGCGCAUUUAAUUCACAUCGCCACUUGAGCACUGAAAAACCGAAUAUAGAAGUGUACUAAUAAUGUAACCCGGGCACUCAACAAUUGGUAACUUAUGAUUGCAUUAAAGUGCUUGCAAAAACGUUGAUUUUCGUUCGUUCUCAUGUCACAUCAUGUUCUCUUUGUCAAAUACAUGAAAUAUAUUUUUAUUUACGACUAGCAGGCAUUAAACAUUCUGCACGAUGCCACUGUCAUUUAAUCUACGUAGAAGUUGAGCUCCUUGUGCGUCACCAAGGUUUUUUCUCUUUUUUUCUUGGUUGAGAUGACAUUGACAUCCCAAUUACACGAGACACGCUGACUCCCGCGCCAGGAAAGGCCACGAGGCGACGUUAUACCAGCAUCGAACGUAUGCAAACCAUAAGAACGGAAAUUAGUCAUUCAGCUCGCCGCCGAAACCACCUGCCAAAGAAAUUAAACUGCGUUAAUUGAUUUAUAGGAAAUUCAGAUACCUGCCACUUGCCAAGCUCUUGGUAUAAAAAGUGGCAGAUACUCAAGUGCUGUCAGAAGACGCAACAGGAGCAAGUGAAGUGGCGGGAAACAGUCAGUUUCCCAUUUUGCGCACGCCUUUGCGCCGUGUAGAGAGGACUUCGAUCAGCCGAGUGCCACACGGAGCGAAAGCCUGAACAAACGGAAUUCUUUGCGCACCAGAACAUAACGUGAACCUCGGCAAAGGACCCUGUUUCUCUCGUUGAAGUCGACAUUAUUUCAUAUUUCGUCGUUAGAAAAUAAAGAUACGUCGUCGUUCGACGAACUCUGACAAACACAGACCGUUCCCUGACGCGUUUUAUUAAAUCAUAGUGGGACAGAAGUGGGAAAGAGAGAUUUUACGCGUCACGCGACCGCGGCAACAUGAAAUUACUCCUCUCUCUCGCGGUCGUUUUUCUUGUUCUGGCUGAAGUCUUUUGCGAAGAAAUGAGUUCCGAUGAUGAUCUCAAUUACUGGACGAGAAGCAAAGAAUUGCAGGACGACUGGUUUCCCGCGGGCCAGUUUCAGGAGAUUCUGAGAAGGAUGACGAGGAAGCCGCGGCCGCACCAGUUCUUUGGGUUAAUGGGAAAGAGGUCUUCCGCGGCAAAUGCACAGAUGACCCGCAAAAGGCACAAGCUCAACUCCUUUGUGGGACUGAUGGGAAAGAGGAGCCAAGAGGAGCCAGAUUCGUACGAUUGGAGCAGAACGGACGAGGAAUACCAACGGCGCUGAGAUUCACCGGCCUCCUCACGGAGUCGUUCCUUUAAAAAUAAAACUCUCAAAAAUGAUUACACACACACACACACACCAAACACACUCACAGACACACUCUCACACAGAUGUGCUCACACACAGGAAAACACUGCACAUUUCUACCUGUUGAUCAAAGUUGUAGGGUUAAUAAAAGUUUUGUUUCCACAUCCUGGUGUGAUACUGCUAAA